AUGACAACAAUCAAAUUUGAAAAAUUUCGUCUUCAACAGCAGAGAGCAGUAUCAGCAACAGUACCUUCUGUAUGUGAACCAAUUGAUUCGAGAUCAGUUCAGUUGAAUCCAUCUGCUGAGACUUUAGCUGCUUCUGCUCUUGUGCUAGGUCUCGAACAAGCCACGACAUCAUUAGAUAAUGAACAACAUUCUCACCAUAUAAUUGCUCCAGCAACUCCUUCGCCACCAUCCUAUGAUAAAGUCAUUCGUUUAUUUUCACAAGGAAUCUUUAGCGAUUGUCCAAAUUGUAGUAAUCAAAAAUGUAUAUUUAAUGCUAAAUAUUGUACACAAUGUGGAUAUUCAAUGGUAAUGUAA